AUGGCAUUUGUGAUGGCUGCUCAGAUCACGCGCCCAUUGAUUCGACGCUUCUCCGCCCACCGACCACAGCCUGAUACUCGUGCAGCUCGCGCAGUGGCCAUGUCGUGCAUCGUUUCUGGCGUCGUACUUCCUUUUGUGCCGCCUGCUCUUGAAAGCUCCAGACAGCGAAACGGCAACUCUUCUGAGAAGACCAAACCCCACCCACCCUUGUGCUUCCACGCUCGUUAG